AUGGAGGCCGAGGCGGAGGCCGAGGUGCGGCUCCUCUUGCAGGAAGCUCAGGAGAGCAUCGAGGCGGCGCGAAGCUACCGGCGGGAGCUAGAGCAGCGGCUGCGGGGGCUGCACCAGGCACGGAAGCAGAUCAGAGAAAGUGCAACAUUGACCAGAGAUGUACUUGAGCAACAUUUUAACGAUUUAAAAGGGACUCUAAAGAAGCUGUUGGAUGAGCGACUGAUGUCACUGCUGCAGGAAGUGGAUGCUAUAGAACAAGAGAGCAUCAAACCCUUGGAUGAAUGCCAGAAGCUGAUAGAGCAUGGAGUCAGUACAGCCAAUGAGCUGCUCCAGGAAGGAGAGAGUGCAGUCCACGGAGAUGUGGGACCACAGAACGAGAAACUUUGCAGCUUUACAAAAAAAGCUUUACAUAUUCAGCUAGAUAGCUUGCCAGAAGUGCCCUCCUUGGUUGAUGUGCCUUGUUUAUCUGCCCAGUUGGAUGACUGCCUUCUCACUAUACUGAAAAAUCAAAUAUUCAGACAUGGGACUGUGGCGUCUCGCCCACCUGUACAGCUAGAGGAGUUCGUUGAGAAGCCUGGAGGCAUUUUAGUCCGAUGGUGUAAGGUGGAUGAUGACUUCAUCCCUCAGGAUUACAGACUGCAGUAUCGCAAGGGCACUGCCAGUCACUUUGAAGAUGUGUAUGUGGGCUCAGAGACAGAGUUCAUAGUGCUGCACAUUGAUCCCAACGUGGAUUACCAGUUCAGAGUCUGUGCCCGAGGGGACGGGCGUCAGGAGUGGAGCCCCUGGAGCAUUCCUCAGACUGGCCGCACCACGCUGGUUCCCCAUGAAUGGACAGCUGGCCUGGAGGGCUACAGCCUGAGCAGUCGAAGGAACAUUGCACUUCGGAACGAUUCGCAGUCCUGUGGUGUGCUCUACUCCAAGGCACCCACUUACGUCUGUGGGCAAACAUUAACCUUCAGAAUCGAGACGGUGGGGCAGCCGGACCGGCGGGACAGCCUGGGGGUGUGCGUGGAGCAGCAGAACGGCUUCGACUCCCUGCAGCGGGAUAAAGCUGUGUGCAUUAGCACCAAUGGAGCAGUGUUUGUGAAUGGAAAAGAGAUGACAAACCAGCUGCCUGCUGUGACAUCUGGCUCGACUGUGACAUUCGACAUGGAAGUCGUGCAGUUGGGGCCUCCCAGCAACGAGGGAGGAAACUUCAAGCUUCGAGUAACCAUUAGCUCCAACAACAGAGAAGUGGUCUUUGACUGGGUACUUGAUCAGUGCUGUGUCUCUUUGUACUUUGGAUGUUCAUUUUCAUACCCAGGCUGGAAGGUUUUGGUGUUCUAGCAGCGAGUGAAGGGAUUUUUGUGCUUGCUAUGAAGUGUGUUAAAACCUGGGCUUCCA